UUACCAUGAGUUAUAACCGCUAUGCUUGUUAUUGAGGAAACGCCGAUGCUGUUAACCGUUAGCUACCAGUCAGGGAUGCUUGCAGCACGGUCGAUAUUGAUAUGCCUGUGCAGCAUCAGCAGUAGAAAGCUUUAUCUGUCUGUGCAUAUGAGAUUACACUGAAUCCAGUUGAUACUCGAGUGUUGAAAGUUUGAGUGGUUUCAUGAUGUCAACUUAUACAGUCAGCUUACAGAUGAAAAUACUUAAAGGUCCAUGGUAGAAUGCGAUAUUUCUUGGUGCAGAGAAAAAUUUCACAUCAUGUGGGUGCUGCUGCUAAAUAGUAACGUAGGCUUCUGCUGAUAUAUUUUGAGCUUGACACUUGUUUUUCUUUGUUAUAACUUUGGAUAUUAAUGGCGUUGUUGCUUCACCAGAGAGGCACGUUAUGGGUGGUUAGGUAUCUAUAUUGAAUGCUGUUAUUUUGGAGAGACUGAAGGUUUGGCCCUGCAUAAACAAGCAAUGCGUUAACAAGCAUGGCAAAUAAAUGAGACUACAGUACCUUACAUGUGAACCAAAUGAAGAUAUGUUUUUUCAUGGUCAAGCAAAAAGCUUUGCAUGUAUUGCAUAUCAUUCACUCGGUGGAUAUACUAGUCUGUAAGUUGUUGGAGGUACAUCUUUUGGAGGAUUCUGCAUUUCAGUUGGUAAUCUGGAAAGGAGAUGCACUAGCUUUUCUAUGCAGUUGAUAGAUGUUAAUAGAAUAAUCGGUUUGAUCGAGAUGAUGAUAAACUUAAUUGAGGAGAUGGUCCUUAGCAUAAUUUAGUGGAAGAGUAGGAUUUGUGUGGCCGACCCCAAAAGUUGGAUCCAAUGGGCUGAUGUGGUUGCUCUGAUUGUUCUCUAGUUUUCAUGCAGUUUGAUCAUCUCUUAUAGCUGGUCAAAGUGCUAAUUUCUCAGUUCUGUAGAGUUUAAACUUCAUGUGCUAGGAUUUUUCUUGUUGUUGCAUGACUAGAUUGGAUGAUUGAGUUGUGGGCAUUAGUUGCUGAAGAAAAUGCUGGUUCCCAGUGGAGCUGAAUUCUAAUGCUAUAAGCUUUUUUCAUUUGGCUCAGCUGAUAGUGAGAUUGAUAUGUUCUUUCAGAAUCAGUUGGAAUGGCAGUUGUUCACACUAGAAGAGUGACCUGUUUUGAUGGUUUUGUUUGUCAUGCUGCUUACAGUGAUUGUACUGUUUUCAGAUAAUAAAUGUGACCAUCAGAUUUUUGUUCUUUGGCGGCGCAGGACUGAGAAUGUUGUGCUGAUUUUGUUAUGUCGAGCUGGUUUUUUGUUUCAUUGUCACAAUAGGUUAGGUUGUUCUUUUUAUCAUGAUGUAUGAUGCUAUUUAUGAAAAGAUUGUGAUGAGUGCAAUAACAACGAGCAUUCCUCAGUUGACAGGGCAGUUAGUUGAUGAACCAAAUACUUUGAGGUUGCUAGGAGGGUGUCUAGGAUGAUUAAGGUUGUAAUUGGUGCCACCCUCUCAUUCAUGUUAUUAUGGUGAUGCGGAUGCAGGUUGCUUUUUUAUGUAUGAAUAAAAUUUUUGGCAGCAUUGUUCUAGGCAGCAUAUUUGACAAGCAUGGUAAACAACAGAGAAGAACAACUGGCUUCACUAUUAGAGACCUUAACCACUAGUGCUCCUUGCAAGUUGAGAUCGAGAUCACCCUUUUCUGGUCACAUUGCAAGUAUUGUAAGACAUGCAUUCAUCCCCAGGUAAUAGAUAUCUGUGAUCAGCAAUGAUCUGGAUGACCAAUUAAUGUUCUUUGGGAGUUAAAUGUUGCUUGAGACCACCCUUUUCUGCUAACAUCUGCAAGUAGUAGGAUGUACAUUCAUAGUUUGGUAGACCUGUGAUCAACCAUGGUCUUGGAUGACAGAUAAAUGUUGGUCUUUGAGUCAUGCUGGAAAGAGACACAGGUCGUCCACGUGGAUUUGGAUUUGUGACUUUCACAGACAGAAGGGCCAUGGAAGAUGCCAUUGCUGAGAUGCAUGGACAAGACCUUGGUGGCCGAAACAUUUCCGUCAACAAGGCUCAGCCGAAGAUGGGUUCAGAUGAUCCUGGCUAUGGCUACAGUGGUGGCGAGAGGAGUUACUCCUCCGGUGCCAGGGGAGGUUAUCGUGGCGGCGGUGACCGCGACCGUGACCGUCCUUCACCUUUGGGCGGGAGCUCUGAUUGCUUCAAGUGUGGGCGACCUGGACAUUGGGCUCGAGAAUGCCCUUCUGCCAGUGGCAGCGGUGCUGGCAGUCGAUUACCUUCUCGCUCUCGGUUUGGAGGCGGUGGUGGAGGGCGCGGGGACCGCUUUGGAGGUGGAGAUCGCUACGUUGACCGCUAUGUGGAUGAUCGGUAUGAUGGUGGGCGUUUUGGGGAUCGGGACCGUUUUGAGAGUAGGGACACUGGUAGGUACGGAAGCAGCGGUGGGCGUGAUCGUUAUGGAAGUGACCGUUAUGGGAGCGACAGGUACGCACCAUCAGGUGGUGAUCGUUACGAUGGAGGCGGCGGGGGGCAGGGGAGGGCGCCCUUCCCCUUAUGAUCGCUGAUAAUUGCGACUGUCACCUUAUGCUCGCUGAUAAUUGAAAAGGAUUUAAGCUCGUUACUGUUAUGAUAGGUGUUUUGAACUUGGUUUUAGAGUGGCAGUUUUAUGGUUUUAUAGACGGCGAUUUAAGCUAAUGUAAUAUGUGGUGGGCAUGACCCUUGAAUUGCUUGCAGGACAAUUCCUUUUGUGCUUAACGAUGCACGUGUGCAGAAAAGUGGUACUUUUUUUAGGUACGUUGGGACGAAUUUCGCUGUACUUCAUUGUUA